AUGCUGAAAUGUGAUAGUAUUUGGAAUUUAAGAAAUAAAUUUCUAAUAUUAUUAGCCAUGUUACUUAUUCCUUUGUAUAUAUCAGUAUAUAUAUAUCAGUAUGUAUUUUACAGAUGCGCGAUAGACGAAGGUUUAUCUUAUGACGUAAAGGAUGGAAAAUUUGAAUUGAUCGCAAGCAAUGAAUCAGAUAAACUUUUACUUAAGGAAGGGCAACGUAGAGCUGCUUGGAUUGGUGCAUGCAAUCAUUCAGUGAGAUUAUUAUUUGGUUUAUUGACAACAAUGAUAAUUGGUUACAUAUCUGACCAUUUUGGCCGUCGUUUGUCAUUAGGUAUCAUGAUCAUCGGAGAAGCAUUACAAAUAAUCACACUGAGUGUGGUUGUUCUACUCCAAGUUAAUCCAUGGUUAACAAUUAUCCCUGGUUUAUUCGAUGGAUUUAUAGGAGGUGGUUUGUUAUCGAUUCAAGCACAAGUUUCAGCAUCAUUAACGGAUUUAGUGUGUAAAGAAUCAAUAGAUAAUAAUGAUGUAACAAAUAGUCAAUUAACUAAUCAAAAUAAUUUAUGGACUUUAUUCACUUGGUUCGAUGGACUUGCUUUAAUAAGUUUAUCACUUUCAAAUCCUAUAGGAGGUACCCUUCUUUAUCGAGGCGGUUUUCAACUACCAGUUAUCAUCUGUAACAUUUUGGUUGGGAUUAGUUUAUUGAUAAUAUUUUUUCUACCUGAAUCGAACAUCGUAUUUCGUCCGAAAUGUUUAAAUAUAGACACUUUAAAUAAUGAUCAAGAUUGUAAAAACGAGAGUAACAAUAUAGAGAUUGUUUUUGUACGCAGCAGGAAUUUAUCAUUUUGGGAAGUGAAUUGUCAAAAUAUUCAAAACAGUUUCAAGAUCCUAAGUGGAAAAUAUAAACAACACAUCCUAACUGGAUUUAUUGUAUUUUUGUUAUCUACUGUUACAUCAACGGAUUUGUAUAUUAUUUACAUUUAUCUGAUGGGAUAUCCAUUUUUAUGGAAUUCACAGGAUGUUGGAAUUUAUUCUGGUGUAACUGAUAUAGUUUCUGCAAUCAUCGCACUUAUUUUCACACUUUUAAUGGCUCGAAUCAUACAUAGACCAAUAUCAAAAUCAAGUCAUUCAAUCUCUCAGAAUAUAUCUGAUACAAAUGAUAAUUAUAAACAAUUUCAUAAAGUUAAAUGUCAAUCUGUCAAAUUCCUUUUAAAAAUAUUAAUCUUCAGUAUUUUCAUGAUGUUUAUGAACCGAACUAUACUUGGUAUAUCAUAUCUGUUUAAUACAUUUACAGCUAAUACUUUAGUUUAUAUCGCUACCAUACCAAGAUUUGCUAAAGGGUUGAAUAAUCCAAUACUAAGAACCCUUAUAUCCAUGUGGACUGACCAGAAAAAGCAGGGUAUGAUACAUUCAGUUGUGGCGUUUGUAUCACGAUUGGGCGUACUUACUUGUUUUUCUGUAUUAAUUUCAAUCUAUUCUUCAACAACUGAUCUAUUCCCUGGUGCUGUAUUCUUGGUCUGUUCCAGUUUGAUAAUUAUUGCACUGAUAACAACUGGAUUUUUAUAUGGAUUAACCAAUAAAAAUAUGAAUAUCAGUCAGAUGGAAAACACUUCAGAGAAUAUAUAUGAUGAACAAACCAAAAUUUCGAAAUAG